CAUAAACAAUUAUUUCAUUGUAAAAAAUUGUGGUAAAAAAGUGACAAAUUCACAUUUCUUUUCACAAAUUAAAGAAGGGAAAGUGUCGUGAAGAGUGUUUUUAGUGCAUUGUACGUGAGAUGGAGUACGUGAAUGUGUCAGGAAAGUGCCGGGCGUGUAGUAUAAAGACGCAGAAGGAGUUCCAGAUUCCCAUCUUUGCCACAGAGAAUCUCCAGCUGAUUUUCCACGAAGCUACAUCACUUGAGAUUCACGAGAAUGAUGGACUUCCGGGAAUUCUCUGUGAGGAUUGCCACAAACGCCUUGUGGAGACCCAUAAAUUUCGCCAAAUGUGCGCAUCUUCAGCCCUAGCAUUCCGGCAAUUAAUCUUCGGGAAUGGUGAUAGUGAUUUUGAGGAGAAAUACAAACCUCCGGAGGUUGUAGGUGUUCCUGAUGAGGGAGAAGUUACACAUCCGGGGGAAAAUUCAAGUUUGUCUGAAGAGAAAUUCCAUCCGCUCGAAGCUCUAGCUGAUACUGUACUUAUCUAUGAGGAAGGUAGUUUAUCUGAAUCACCUGAUGGAAAGCAGAAGCGUCCAAAGGGUAAAAGAAGUUUCCCAAAAGAUGAUACAGAUCCACUGAAAGAUGACCCUGAUUGGACGUAUAAAGCAAAGAGGGGUCGCAAAAAACAGAAGAAUCCAUCACAAUCGUCAUCGAAGGAAUUUAGCGUGUCAGCUGAUGGUAUUCCGGAAGAGGGUGUGAAUGUAAAGGAAGAGCCAAAAGAUGACGUGGUAGAAGAAGAUGAGUUUGUGUGCAAGAUUUGUGGUAAAAAGUAUGGAAAGAAGGAAAGUCUUAAGUCCCACAUGAGGAGUAAUCACAAAACAGAACGUGGCCUCGUUGUACCAGAAUGCAAUGUCUGUGGGAAGAAGUUCAAACGUUCCAGUAGUGUCAAAGAUCACAUGGUGCGAAAACACAGUGAAAAGGAAAAUCUCAAAUGCAGAAAAUGUGAAGAAGUUUACAGCACAGCAGAGGAGUUCGCGAGUCACGAGAAAGAAUGGCAUGAUCCGAAGAAUCCUAAAUUUCACGUUUGCGAAUUUUGUGCGAAGGAAUUUACAACCCGUAAGCUUCUUCGUAAGCACAAGAAAAUCCACAAUGAAUCCGUAGUAUGUGCCCUAUGUGGGAAGGUGUAUGUGAAUAAGGAUGGGCUGAGGAAGCACAUGGGGUUCGUUCAUCAGAGAAAAAAAGUCUGCGAGUGUAAGGUCUGUGGUAGGAAGUUUACACGCCCGGACACCCUCAGGGGGCACAUGGUGCGCAAGCACGGGGCUACGGGUAUGCUAAAAUGCUUAGAAUGCGGGACGCUUUUUUGCACACAAGAAGGUCUUUCACGGCACAUGAUUACUUGUCAUGAUCCUGAGAAUCCCAAGAAAAAACCUGAAAAGAAAAUAAUAUGCGAACACUGUGGCAGGACGUUGUGGUCCAAGACAGAUCUUAUGCAACAUCUCAAUUCCCAUGCUGGAAUUUUGCCGUUUAAAUGCAAAAUCUGUCCACGGGGAUAUUCCUCAAAGCAUCUCCUCAAAGUCCACAUGAUGCGUCAUGAAGGGAUUAAGAAUCACGUAUGCACAAUUUGUGGCCUCCGGAAAACCACCCUAACAGAGCUAAAGACUCACAUGAAUAUCCACACGAAAGAAAGAACAUUUCCCUGUAACCUUUGUUCCAGGGUUUUUCUUAAUACAGCUGGUCUAUCACGACACACCAAAGUUGUCCAUCAGGCGAUUAAGGCCUUCGAGUGCCCCCACUGUGAACGUUCAUUCGGGAAGAAGGAAACCCUCAAGCACCACGUGAUGACCCACACAGGUGAGAAGCCCCAUGGUUGCAAUGUCUGCGGGAAGAGAUUCAUCCAACCAACAGCGCUUCAGACUCACAUGAAGACGCAUCAGAAGUUUAAUUUAAAUCUUGAAAGUGUAGUGAAGUGCUCCCUGUGUACAGUGCGUGAGAUGGAGUGCGUGAUUUUAUCAGGAAGGUGCCGGGCGUGCAGUAUAAAGACACAGAAGGAGUUCCAGAUUCCCAUCUUUGCUACAGAGAAUCUCCAGCUGGUCUUCCACGAAGCUACAUCACUCGAGAUUCACGAGAAUGAUGGACUUCCGGAAGUAAUUUGCGAGGAUUGCCACAAACGCCUCUUAGAGGCUCAUGAAUUCCGUCAAAUGUGUGCAGCUUCAGCGCUGGAAUUUCAACAAAUAAUCUCCGGGGAUUGUGAUAGUGACUUCGAAGAAAAAUACAAACCUCCGGAAGUCUCGCUGAAUAGUGCAGAAGAGUCCCCGCGCACGAACAUCUCCUAUCCGGAUGAUAAAUUUAUUCCUCUGGAAGGUCUUGUGGAAACACGACUUGAUGGGAGUACACAAAAAAUUGGUAAACUCGAAAAGAAUGCAAAGAAAACAGUGAAGAGUGCUACGAGAAAGAAUAAAAGAUCUUCACGCUCACAAGAUCCACUGAAUGAUGACCCAGAGUGGACAGGAAAGGCUACAAAGCCGCGAAAGCAGAGAAAGGCUACAACGGAGGCACUUGAAGCACCUCGUAGGCAGAAGUGCGUGCCCCCAGAUGAGGGUGAAGCCUCGAAGGAAGUUAAGGUGAAGGAUGAGCCGGAAGAUUUCGUGUCGAAGAACAAAACAAUGCGUGGCAGGAAAGCUGAGUAUAUAUGCAGUAUUUGUGGAAUAAAGUAUAUAAAGAGAGCCACUCUCAAGGACCACAUGCAGACCAUCCAUCAAGGUCUCAAACUGGCUCAAUGUACGGUGUGCCAGAAGGAAUUCACACGUCCGGAUAAUCUUCGAGGGCACAUGGUGCGAAUGCACGGUGCCAAGGAUAUGCUGAAGUGCGAAGAAUGUGGCAAAGUUUUCCGGACGGAGGAAGGACUUACGAAUCACACGAAGGAAUGGCAUGAUCCGGAGAAUCCCAAAGAGAAGCCCAAGAACUACAUGUGUGAUCUCUGUGGGAAGGCUUUUGGAUCACCAGCAGCUCUUCGUAAACACACCAAUUCCCACGCGGGAAUCCGACCAUUUAAGUGCACAGUUUGCUCACGUCGGUAUCCCACAAAGCAUCACUUCAAAAUUCACAUGAUGCGCCAUGAGGGGAUUAAGAAUCACGUCUGUACGGUUUGUGGGCUCCAGAAGACAACACUUACGGAGCUAAAGGCGCACAUGAAUCAGCACACUCAUGAGAGGAUCUUCGCCUGUGAGCAAUGCCCUAAAACAUUUCUUAGCAUGGGGAAUUUCAGUCGACACGUGAGGAUUGUCCAUCAGGGGAUUAAGGCUUUUGACUGCCCCCACUGUGAACGUUCAUUCGGAAAGAAGGAAACUCUCAAGCAUCACGUGAUGACCCAUACAGGUGAGAAGCCUCAUGCUUGCACUGUCUGCGGGAAGAGAUUCAUCCAGCCCACAGCCCUCCAGACUCACAUGAAGACGCAUCAGAAGUAAAAAAAAUAUAUUUCAAUUGAUUUUGAUAAAAAAAUCAGAUUUUUUUUAGUUGAAAAAAAAAACAAAAAAUUAUAUAUUUGUUCCCUUUUAACAUAAAUUUUAUCUUCAUUAAUUAUCUUUAAAAUCCUUUAAAGCAGCUUUUGUGGUGAUUUUUAAAUUAAUUCUCUUGACAUAAAUAAUUAAAUUUAUUGGUGUUAGUUUGGUCCGAAGGUAGAUUAUAAUUUUCAGUGGACUUGAAAUUUCUUUAUAAAAGCAGAAAAAUGAUUCCUUUUCAUGUAUUUUUAUCCAUAAAUAAUUUAUUUUAUUCCCUUUCCCUAAUUUUACUUUUUGUACAAAUUACGAAUAAAUAAAAAAAUUAAAAAUAUAGAAAA